GCAUAAAACUAUAGUGGGAGGGGAGACCGAAAGAAAAAGAAUCAGUCUCGAAACUUUUGUCGGAUUUCCCAAAGAAAAAAAAAAUGGCGGAUCAACUGACCGAUGACCAGAUCUCAGAGUUCAAGGAAGCCUUUAGCCUCUUCGAUAAGGAUGGAGAUGGUUGCAUCACAACCAAGGAGCUCGGAACCGUGAUGAGGUCACUAGGGCAAAACCCAACCGAAGCUGAGCUCCAAGACAUGAUCAACGAGGUCGAUGCAGACGGUAACGGUACCAUCGAUUUCCCGGAGUUCCUGAACCUGAUGGCCAGGAAAAUGAAGGACACUGACUCUGAGGAAGAGCUCAAGGAAGCCUUUAGGGUUUUCGACAAAGACCAGAACGGUUUCAUCUCCGCGGCUGAGCUUCGACAUGUGAUGACUAACCUCGGUGAGAAACUUACCGAUGAGGAAGUUGAUGAGAUGAUCCGUGAAGCUGAUGUUGAUGGUGAUGGUCAGAUCAACUAUGAUGAGUUCGUUAAAGUCAUGAUGGCUAAGUAAGUGAGUGAGAGCGAGAGAGUCUUAUUAUCCCUUGUUAAAAAAAUUAAAAGCCUUAACCUAAAAGAAUGAUACAUUUGGCUUUGAUUCUGGUUGUGUUCUUUAGGACAUGUUUUUGCUUCUUUUCAUGUUUUAUUUGUCUGCUUUUGGCUUAAGCUAUCUCUUUAGUGUUAUGUCAAGUAUGAACUUCAUGUUUUCAGUAUCCUUUUGACAAUUGAUAUUCUCUCCUUUUUA